CUGCGUCUCAGCUACGGGAGAGAUCGCAGACAGGGGAGAGGGAAAGCCAGAGGCGGUCGUGCGGCUCAGAUCGGCGGGAGGCGAUGGAGGGGUCCCCCCGGAGCGACGGCGACCACCUGUGCAGCGCCGCCGCCCGCGGGGACCACGAAGAGGUGAGGAGGCUGCUGGACGCAGGCGUGGAUCCCAACGGGACCAACUCCCUUGGGAGAACCCCGCUCCAGGUGAUGAUGCUGGGCAGCCCGCGGGUGGCCGAGCUGCUGCUGCGGCGCGGAGCCGACCCCAACCGCCCCGACCCGCGCACCGGCUGCCUCCCCGCGCACGACGCGGCCCGCGCCGGCUUUCUGGAGACGCUGGCGGCGCUGCACCGGGCCGGGGCGCGCCUCGACCUGCCCGACGGCCGCGGCCGCCUGCCCCUCGACGUGGCGGCGGGGGGCCCGCACGGAGCGGUGGGGCGGUACCUGCGCGACCCGCCGCACCUUCCGGGAGCCGGAGGGGCCGCCGAGAAGGCUGCGCGCUGACCCGUCCCCGGUCGUCCCGCCGAGUCCCUGUCCCCUCGUCCCCUGCAGCCCGCAUCCGCGCUGCCGAGUCACCAGCGAGCCAUCGCGGCUGGCGGCGCUCCCGGUGUCCGACUGCUGGGAAGAGUCUUCCUCUGUGCCGUUACCCCCAGGGCUCCUCCCGCACGCCCCGGGCACUCCGGCUGCCGCUUCUGCAAGAAGACACGUACUACUCAAUUUCCUGAGAAAAAGAGGAAAAAAACCAGAACACAAUCAAGGCUAGCACUCCUGCUUCUCCCUCUCAUGCUCUCCGGCGGGUAGACCACAAGCAAGACUGCUCGUCUGUGCUCUAGGGGGAAAAAUUUUUUUAAAAGAAUUUGAAAGAGUUCGCCUUUCCCCCUCUCUCUAUUUUUUCUUUCUCUUUUUCGGUUACAAUAAAGCUGCUUAGAGAAGUAAGAACACUCUGUUUCCCUUACUGGUUUGCUCACUGCUCUGCAAGGCUUUGUAUUUUAGUUAUUCUUCGAGAUUCCUUUAUGUUGUCGUGCUCCGAAAUACUGAACACCUUAGCUAUCUCAUCCAAAAAUUUAAUUAAUCCCCAAAUAUUCUCCCCUCACCAGCCCACUCAACAUACGAUUUUAACAUCGAGAUGUAACACUGAUCAAAUGUUAAAAAAAUUUAACGCUGAUAAGCGUUACAGUUUGGGAACUACACAUAUUUUGUGUAGCUGUAUUCAUGGAAAGCUGUUCAUGUGAGAAAACAAUUGGCAAUCAACUACUUACUGCAUCGUUCUUUGCAUUUGGAGACCCCAUUUGCUCAGAAGAUAUGGGCAAUUAACCUCUUAUUUUAAAGACAGUUUUCCGUGUCUCUAAACCAGAUAUUUGGAAACAACAACAAAUGACCGAAUUUGGUUAUAGAUCUGGAUCUUUUCACACUUUUCGGUUUUUGUUUUCUGUUUUUCCCAUGUGAUUUCUGUCAUCUACCCAAUGUUCAUACCCCUUAUGUGAGAUGAAAUAUCUGCUAUUAUUCAGUAAUAAAACAAGAAAAAGAUUGUCUUAAAAAUA